AUGCAUUUAAUCAACUUGCCACUAAUUCAGGUUUACCGACUAAUCUUCAAUCCCUCAUCUUUAACUCCAGGUCUUUAUACUCAAUUUCGUGCACUUGGAUAUGUUACUGCAGAUGUGCCAGUUUCAUUUCAAACUAGAGGCCAAGCAUACUUUAUUACUUCUUCAAUUGGUGAUUCGUUUCAGAUUUUUGAUGGCGAAAAAAUGGGAUUGCUGUUUGUUUCUUCAAAACUUGAAUUCCCCAUUUCAUCGAUUGGAUCUUCUAGAGAUUUGACAUUUGCUGCUUCUGGGUCAGAGAUUGUUGUUUUUCGCCGCCAAAAAGAAGAGUAUCGUCUUUUUGAUGAGAACCACCCAUCAGAGAUCAUGAGCUUGCUAGUUCUUGGAGAUUUGGUCUUUUCACUAUGUUUUGACAACACUGUUCGCAUAUGGGAUUUUAAAACCAAAGAAUUUGCCAAUGAGAUUUCGUUUUCUAAAAACUUUACUGUAACUCAAAUUCUGCAUCCAAGCACAUACUUGAACAAGGUGCUGUUUGCUAGUCAACAAGGAACAAUGCAGCUAUGGAAUGUUCGAAACAUAAAACUUGUUUAUGAAUUCAAAUCAUUUGGGUCUCCUAUUUCGUGUCUUGCCCAGUCUCCGUCAAUCGACGUAAUAGCUAUUGGUCUUCUUGACGGAAGCAUCAUUAUCCACAAUAUUAAAGUGGACAAGGAGAUUCUAAGAUUCAAGCAGGAUGGCAAAGUGACUGCGAUUACCUUUAGGACAGAUGGAUCUCCAGUGAUGGCUACAGCCAGCAUGCACGGUGAUGUUGCCUUGUGGGAUCUAAAUGAACAGCGCAUCAUCCAUGUUAUGAAAGGCGCUCAUGAUGCGUCAAUUCACUCGUGUAUGUUCUACAAUGGCACUUCAAUUUUAGUGACUGCUUCUUCAGAUAACUCCAUCAAGCAAUGGAUGUUUGAUAGUUUGGAUGGUAUUCCUCGUCUUUUACGACUUCGUAGCGGUCAUCAUAAGCCGCCUACUAUGAUUCGUUACUAUGGUGAACACGGUCAUAAUAUUCUUAGUGCUGGACAAGACCAAGUGCUGCGAUCAUUUUCUGUCAUUCGCGAUAAUCAGAAUGUUGAGUUGUCGCAAGGCUCGCUUGAGAAAAAAGCCAGAAAAGAAAAUGUGCAUAUUGAUGCGCUCAAAUUUCCACAAAUCAUUCAGUUUGAUGCCAAUCCUGCAAAAGAAAAGGAAUGGAGCAAUAUUAUUACAUGCCAUGCAAAUCAAGCAACUGCCCGCAUUUGGAGUUUUCAGCGCAAAGCCAUAGGAAAACAUCAGAUUGUCUCUAAAGAUGGUUCGGCGAUAAAGUCAGUUGCAAUUUCAAGCUGUGGCAAUUUCUGUUUUAUUGGUACCAGUAAAGGCCGUGUGGACAAGUUCAAUAUCCAGUCUGGAUUGCAUCGCACUGUUUUUGGUGGCGAAAAUGCACAUACAAAGGCUGUUACUGUUAUUGCACCAGAUAAUGUUAACCGGUUUGUUUACACUGCAUCUUUGGAUAAGACAGUCAAGUGUUGGAAUUUUUUGAAAGGACGCCUUGAACACACCAUGCAGUUUGAUAGCCCGGUGUCACACAUGCUGCUACAUAGUCAGAGUGGACUGCUUGCACUUGCAACAGAUAGUAUGGGGAUUUUUGUUGUUGAUACUGAUACGAAAAAGAUUGUGCGUGAGUUUUGGGGACACAAAAAUCGCAUUACCGACAUUGCAAUUAGCACGGAUGGCCGUUGGAUUGUAUCUUGCUCAUUGGAUAGCACUAUCCGUACAUGGGAUCUUCCCACAGGCUACCUGAUUGACGGUUUCCGUGUAUCUGAGAUCCCAACCAGCAUUUCUUUAUCACCUACUGGAGAUUUUCUUGCCACGACGCAUGUCAAUCAUAUGGGCAUAUUUUUAUGGGCAAAUCGUAGUCAGUACGAAAAUAUUCCAGUGCGUCGUAUGGAUGAAGAAGAUUUAUUUUCAUCUACUGCUACGCUUCCUGCAAGCGGUGGUAAUGUCCAAGAAGCAAAUGGUGUUGACGAGGUUGACAAGGAGGGCAUGGACAAGCAAACAAGCGAUGAUGAAUUUGUGGAUAUUACCGACGGCAUGAUUUCGUUUUCACUGCUGCCGAAAUCUCGUUGGCAAAAUCUAUUGAGUCUAGAGGCAAUCAAGAAACGCAACAAGCCUAUUCAACCCCCAAAGGCACCUGAGCGAGCACCAUUUUUCCUUCCUACGAUUGCAGGAGCAACACCACAUUUUGAGAUUGUGGAGCAGACCAAAGAAGAAAGUAGUGGUCGUGUUUUCAAGAAUAUGAUAGUGGAUAUAAGCAAGCUUGCACGAUUAUUAGAUGAAUGCCAUCAAGCCAAGGAUUACUCGAACACUAUGGAGUAUCUCAAAAGUUUGUCACCUUCAGCGAUUGAUAUUGAAAUAAGGACGCUUCCAGUUGAUGCAGAGCAUAUAUAUAUGCGAUACUUUUUAGAAUUUGUAGCAUUCCAACUCGAGACUUUGCAUGAUUUUGAACUUAUCCAAGCAUACAUGAAUGUAUUUUUAAAGGUAAGAAUGAUUGAUGAUGCAAGAGAAUGGUAA